AUGGGAAAAGCAUUUUCCAGACUGUACGUCAAACUUCCGAGGAGAACUUCAGAAACAGACAAUACAAAUGAACAGAAAGUAUUGCCAUCGGUCAAAAUUUAUCCGAAGGGUGAAAUUAGCGUUGGAGUCGGUGGAACUAUUCAGUUACGUUUACACCUUAAUAUAAAAGAGAACUUUGAAGUAUGGUGGAAAUAUGGUCAUGAAAAUGCUGAUGUUGGUGACAUUCUAAAGACAGAAGAUCUAAAAUACGCAGGAAGUCAGUCAACAGUAUUGCAAAUAAACAACAUCGAUGAAAGCGACGAAGGAAUGUAUCAGGCACUUGUUAAAAAUUCUGUAGGAGCUGGAGAAAGUUCUCAAGUUUUUGUUAAAGUAAUUGGAGAAUUGGAUCCAAAUAUGAUAUCAGGCGAGGAGAACAACUUUCUUCGUUUAUAUAUGUUAUGCCAAAAAUACGGUACUGAAGCAGUUCGUAUCCUCUUUGACAAUACAAUUCCUCCUUCUACUUUGGAAGAGCAUUUGGAUAACCAUGAACGUGAUAUUAUGAGGAAAUGUAAAUUAAGCGGAUCCCAAAUAGACAUCGUUUUCCCGAUUAAUUCUCCGCCAGUGACAUCGACACAAUUCGACAUCACCAUCAUGUAUUCCCUGCUUCGAAAUACAACAAACCUAGCACCACCUAAGUACACAUGGGCGCAGAGUAUAGACGAUAUUGGGCCAAAUGACAUCCUACCAGUUCAUGACCUUGAGAGGAUCAGAUUAUUCAGGAACGAUCUUGCCCAUUCUCAGGGUUCCGUUUCUUUGAAAUAUACAGAAAAGGAAUUUAACUCUAUGUGGCAGAAUUUGGAUAUGAGCAAAACACUGAUACUGUCAUUAUAA